AUGACGAUUGGAGAUCACGACCCACCAGCGGGCGCCGUGGUGCCUUUCGGCUACGACGAAACUAUUCCAGAAGCCGUUCUUCCUACUCAACAGGCAUUAAGGCAUGCGAGGACAGCACUACUGGAAUCACUGCCCGAUAAAGGACUUGGCUACGUGAAAACCUCCCACCACCUUUUCGAAGACAUUGUUCCAGGUGUCAAUGCUGCCAGCAGAUCUCCGAACUUUUAUGGAUUUGUCACUGGUGGUUCUACACCAGCAGCCUCUCUUGCAGAUAACCUCGUUACUUUGCACGAUCAGAACGUACAAGUCCACCUACCAAAUGAGACGGUCGCUACCGACGUGGAAGACCAUGCGCACAAGCUUCUUUGUGACUUACUCCACCUCGAUCCAUCUGCAUGGCUUCACCGAACAUUUACGACCGGCGCGACGGCUAGUAACGUUUUAGGACUGGCCUGCGGAAGAGAGCAUGUAAUUGCGGAUGCUGCCCGCAGGAGAUUCUCGGCAGCCGUGAGUGUUGGCGAAUUAGGACUAUUACGUGCUAUGCGUGCAGCUGGACUUGAGGAUGUUCAAAUCUUGACCACAGUACCGCAUUCCUCUCUCAGUAAAGCAGCCAGCAUACUCGGACUUGGUCGAGCGUGUGUGAAACUCGUGGGUGACGACCACAAGCCCCAUGACUUCGAUAUGGCCAAACUGGAAGAGGCCUUGAAAGACCAAAAACUCGCAUCAAUCGUGGCAAUUUCUUGUGCCGAGGUCAACACUGGAUUUUUCGCGACCGAAAGUUUUGAAGAAAUGAAAAAGAUAAGGGAGCUGUGUGAUAGAUACGGUGCCUGGAUACAUGUUGAUGCAGCGUUCGGACUCCUUGGCCGAGUAUUGACGAAACCCGAGUUUUCAAAGCUCAAGAAUUGUACAGAAGGAAUUGAACUUGCUGAUUCAAUUACUGGAGAUGGCCACAAACUCCUCAAUGUUCCAUAUGAUUGCGGCUUCUUUCUCAGCCGACAUCUGCCACUUGGACAACAAGUAUUCCAAAACCCCAAUGCAGCAUACCUCAAUGUUGCCGGAUCCGACGCGAGCUCCAUACCGUCUCCUUUGAAUAUCGGUAUCGAGAAUUCGCGUCGUUUCCGCGCACUGCCCGUAUACGCCACCCUUGCAGCGUAUGGCCGGGAUGGCUAUCGCGACAUGCUCGAGCGACAGAUCACCUUGGCCCGAGGCAUUGCGAGUCUAAUAUUGGCUCAUGAUGCCUACGAACUUCUCCCAAAGUCAUCUAAGCCACACGAUGAUAUCCUGGAGGACAUAUAUAUUAUUGUUCUUUUCAGAGCGAAUGACGAGCAAAUCAACAAUGACCUUGUCCGCCGAAUCAAUACAACAAGGAAAAUAUACGUCUCUGGAACCUCCUGGGACGGCGCACCUGCUUGUCGCUUCGCCAUUUCGAACUGGGGAGUUGACGUUCAAAGAGACCUGCGAAUCAUCCACGAAGUCCUGGACCUUGUCAGACAGGGCUAG